AUGAGGGUACCUUCGUUAUCAGUUCUUUCCUUUCUGCUCGGCACCGCGCUGGCCGCCGCCAGCAAUUUUGAAGCCGGCCUUCUGUCCAGCGGCAAAGUGUCUCUCGGUGACUGGAAAUCCGCACACGAGAAAGCCUCGCAAUUUGUUGCCAAGCUCAACACCACCGAGAAGAUCAAGCUCAUCACCGGCAGCAGUGUGACCACUACCAAUGGCGAGACAUUUACGGCUCUCGACAUUCUCGACGGUGACAUGGGCGCGCAAGCCUACUAUUAUGUCUCGGCGUUUAGUCUGUCCUCCGCCUUGGCCAUGACUUGGGACAAGGAGGCCAUGUACGAGCAGGGCAGGGCCAUUGCGGCUGAGUUCUACGGCAAGGGAAUCCAGAUGGUUGCCGGUCCGACCUCGCAGCCUCUUGGCCGUACUCCAUGGGGCGGCCGACUGGUGGAAAGCUUUGGACCUGAUCCGUAUCUGAAUGGUAUUGCAACCGGGUUGGAAACUAGGGCCUAUGCGGACGUGGGAGUUAUCGCCGGGGCUAAGCACUUUAUCCUUAACGAGCAGGAGACCAACCGGACCGGCGGCAUGGGAGGUGGCGGUGGUGCUCCUGGUGGUGGCGGCAUGGGGAGAGGCGCUGAGUUUAGCUCUAGUGUCCCUGGGGGCAUGUCUCCUACAAGCUCUGCGGGAGCCAUUCCAUCGUCCACUUCGACCCCCGGCGGCUCUGGAAUGGGUGGUGGAAUGGCUGGUAGCAGUGCUUUCUCGUCCUCGUCGUCCUCCGGCGCUCCCUACUCAUCCAACGCCGAUGACAAGACCCUCCACGAGACAUACCUCUGGUCCUUCUACGACGCGGUCCAUUCCGGCCUUGGUGGUGUGAUGUGCGCCAUGACCAAAGUCAACGGCACGCUCUCAUGCCAAAGCUCCUCCCUCCUUCUAGACAUUCUCAAGACCGAGCUUGGUUUCCCCGGUAUGGUCUGGCCUGAUACGAACGGCCAGCAGGAUGCCCUUGCUUCUGCUGCUAAUGGACUUGAUUACGGUUCGUCCAGCCUCUGGAGUGAAUCAACGAUUGAAGGGUACCUUGAGAGCAACAACAUCACCGAAGCUCGUCUGAACGACAUGGCUAUUCGCAACCUGAUGGGCUACUACUACGUCAACCUCGAUAACGGAACCCAGCCCUCUACUGCCGCGCAAGAUGACUAUGUCGAUGUCCGCGCCAACCACGCCAAGCUGAUCCGUUCUCAUGGUUCUAAGUCGAUGGUAUUGCUGAAAAACAAGAACAAUACCCUGCCCCUCUACAAGCCUCACAAGAUGGCCAUCUUUGGCUCGCACGCCCGUGCGGCGGUGGCUGGCCCUAACAUGCAGUUCAGUGUCGAGGGUUCUGGACCUACGUACGACGGCCAUAUCGCGACGGACUCGGGAUCUGGACAGGCUUCUCUGCCAUACCUGAUCACGCCCGAAAACGCUCUCAACAUCAAGGCGAGCCAGGACGGCACCAUGCUGCGCUGGAUUGCCAACGACACCUACUCCUCCUCCACUGGCUCUGCGUUGGUCAUGCAGGGCUCAUCCAGCACCUCUGUCACGCCCUCCGUCAGUGCAUACUCCGAGAACAUGGAUGUCUGCCUAGUUUUUAUCAACGCAUUAGCUGGCGAGGGUGCUGAUCGCACGGAGCUGCGCAACACCGAUCAGGACAAUCUCAUUAACGAGGUUGCAGACAACUGUGACAACACCGUGGUCGUAAUCAACACAGUUGGCGCCAGAAUCCUGGACAGUUGGAUUGAGCACGAAAAUGUCACGGCCGUGCUGUACGGCAGUCUGCUGGGUCAGGAAUCAGGCAAUUCCAUUGUCGAUGUCCUUUACGGCGAUGUCAACCCCAGCGGCCGCCUCACCUACACCAUCGCGAAGACCGAAUCCGACUACAAUGUGGAUAUCUGCUACACAGCGCAGUGCAACUUCACCGAGGGUAACUAUAUCGACUACCGCUAUUUUGACGCCUAUAACGUUACUCCUCGCUACGAGUUCGGCUACGGCCUUUCCUACACCGACUUCGCCUACUCAAACCUCCACAUCCAGGGCCCCUCUGCCCUCUCCACCUACCCUACAGGUCAGCUCGCGGUCGGUGGCUAUGAAGAUCUGUGGGAUACAGUCGCCAAGGUGACCGUGACCAUCCGCAACGCCGGCUCUCUUGAUGGGGCCGAGGUGCCUCAGCUCUACAUCUCGUACCCGGACGUCGCGAAGCAGCCAGUGCGCCAGCUGCGUGGUUUCCACAAUGUCUACAUCAAGAAGGGUCAGUCGACCAAGGUGACCUUCGAGCUCCGCCGCCGUGACAUCUCCUACUGGGAUGUCCAGCACCAAAAGUGGGCAGUUGCUCCUGGUACGUACGAGGCUUGGGUGGGCGCCAGCUCCAGGGAUCUCAGAACGCAUGGCUCUUUUGUUGUCAAGACUAAGGCGUGAAACAAAACGUCAAGGCGUCAAGGCAAAAAUCUGACUGAUAGACUUUGUAA